CUCUCACGAUGUCGACUAGACUGUUUCUGUUUCUCACUCUUGUUGGGCAAAUAAUGGCUAAAAAACCUCCUGAUCUGCAGUGUGUUGUGAUUAACCUGGAAUAUGUUAACUGUUCCUGGAACCUGCAGGAAACUCCAGACGUCAAUUACACUUUUUCCAGCCGGUUUGAAGGAGAGGAGGAAAGUAGCUGUGCUGAAUAUCUGUUAGAGAACGGAAUAAACAUUGGAUGUAGGCGUCCCUACACCAAACUCCAGAGAUUCGACACAUUUUACACCAAACUGAGCGACGGCAGUCAGGUGUUUCAGAAGGAACUUGAGCUUAAAACUAAAGUGAAAUUAAACCCACCAACCAACGUGACGGUAAAGAAUGGAUCUGAUUUUAACCUGUGGUUUUACUGGAACCAUACUGUCCCCAAAUGUGUCGACAGUGAAGUACGAAUCAGAAUCAACAACAACGACUGGGAGAUUUUGUCAGUGUUUCAUAAGCAGAGUUAUUGCCAAAACUUGCCCUCCAGCAGCUCCAGAUAUGAGCUGCAGGUGAGGAGCAGAAUAGAGGAAAGCUGUGGAAAGUCUGAAUAUUGGAGCGACUGGAGCGAGCCUGUGGUCUGGGGAUUCAAUAACACCACAGACACAAAUAUAAGAAAUAAUGGAAUAUCAGUGUGGACAGCAGUGCUGUAUGCUGUGGGUGCCACCACCCUCAUUCUUCUGGUCAUGAUCUUACUGCACAAUGAACGGGUUAAAAUCAUCCUAAUCCCUCCGCUUCCCAAGCCAGUACUGAACUCUCCUGAUGUCGAGGAUUGGUUUCGUUUCCCCAAAGGCCUUAUUAAAGAUGGAUUUAAUAGCACCUUCAAUGAGCGAGCCUGCACUGUGCGCGAGUACCAACCUGUCUCACGGUCCGACAGCAACGGCUCUGACAGCUCCAACCUUACCACCUCCACCGAUCAAACCGACUGCUCUAUCACCAUCGCAGGGGAUGAACAGGAGAACACGUCUGCACCUUUUUACACCGCUGUAAUCGCCUCUGAGGAAGCACCGAAGGUUUCUGUGUAAAUCUAGUCCGAGGCAAAUUGAAACUUGUUUAAAUUGAUAAAUUGGAUAAUUUGGAUAAAUUUCAUGAUUUACUAUGGCAAGAGGACAAUGGAGUGUAGAAAAACAAAAAUAAAUCAAGCAAUUAAUAAAAGAUAGAAUAGUUUAGGGUUCUAAACUCCAUAAAAGCUUUUGGGGGGAAUAUAUGUCCCGUGUAAAAUAACAUCAAGGUUAGUUGAGUAUAUUUACUUGCAAAAAGACAUUCUCAAUGAAACAGCAUUGGGGUCUGUAAAGGUAGAUGAAGCACAGUAGACAACCACACAAUUUCUUUUUUUCCGCCAAGUCAAAUCAACUUAAAUGGAAAU